AUGGGAAAUCAAGGUUCAAGUGGUCAAAGACGAGGUGAUGGAACAGGAGAUAAAGAAAAAAAAAAAUAUGAACCACCUCUUCCAACACGUAUAGGCAAACGAAAAAAACGUACAAAAGGUCCUGAAGCAGCUAAUAAAUUACCACAAGUUUUACCAUAUACACGUUGUCGUUUAAAACAAUUACGGUUUGAGCGUAUUAAAGAUUAUUUAUUAUUAGAAGAAGAAUUUAUUAAAAAUCAAGAACGUUUAAAACCACAAGAAGAUCGUCAUGAAGAAGAGCGUUCAAAAGUCGAUGAUAUUCGAGGAUCACCAAUGGCUGUUGGUACUUUAGAAGAAAUCAUUGAUGAUAAUCAUGCUAUUGUCUCAACAUCAGUUGGUUCUGAACAUUAUGUUACCAUCAUGUCAUUUGUUGAUAAAGAUCAACUUGAACCUGGAUGCACUGUCUUAUUAAAUCAUAAAGUUCAUGCUGUAAUUGGUGUAUUAGGUGAUGAUGUUGAUCCUAUGGUUGCUGUUAUGAAACUUGAAAAAGCACCGAAAGAAACGUACGCAGAUAUCGGUGGAUUAACAACACAAAUUCAAGAGAUUAAAGAAGCUGUUGAAUUACCAUUAACUCAUCCUGAAUAUUAUGAAGAGAUGGGCAUUAAACCACCGAAAGGUGUUAUUCUUUAUGGUCAACCUGGAACAGGUAAAACUCUUCUUGCCAAAGCUGUAGCCAAUCAAACAUCGGCAACAUUUUUACGUGUAGUUGGUUCAGAAUUAAUUCAAAAAUAUUUGGGUGAUGGUCCAAAACUCGUACGUGAACUAUUUCGAGUUGCUGAAGAAUAUGCUCCAGCUAUUGUUUUUAUUGAUGAAAUUGAUGCUAUUGGAACAAAACGUUAUGAAUCAAAUUCAGGUGGUGAAAGAGAAAUUCAAAGAACAAUGUUAGAAUUAUUAAAUCAACUUGAUGGAUUUGAUUCUCGUGGAGAUGUUAAAGUUAUUAUGGCAACAAAUCGAAUUGAUAGUCUUGAUCCAGCAUUAAUUCGACCUGGUCGUAUCGAUCGUAAAAUUGAAUUUCCAUUACCGGAUGAAAAAACACGUCGAAUGAUAUUCAAAAUUCAUACAGGUCGUAUGACGCUUGCUGAUGAUGUUAAUUUAGAAGAAUUAAUUAUGGCUAAAGAUGAUCUUAGUGGAGCUGAUAUUAAAGCAAUUUGUACUGAAUCUGGUUUAAUGGCAUUACGAGAACGGCGCAUGAAAGUAACAAAUGAAGAUUUUCGAAAAAGUAAAGAAACAGUACUUUAUCGAAAAAAUCAAGGUACACCUGAAGGAUUGUAUUUAUAA